UCGCAAUCAUGGCGCCCAGAUCCUACUCCAAGACUUACAAAGUUCCUCGCAGACCCUUCGAGAGUGCCCGUCUGGACUCCGAACUCAAGCUCGUUGGCGAGUAUGGUCUCCGCAACAAGCGCGAGGUCUGGCGUGUCCAGCUCACCCUGUCUAAGAUUCGUCGUGCUGCCCGUCAAUUGCUCACCCUCGACGAGAAGGACCCCAAGAGACUUUUCGAAGGAAACGCCCUCAUUCGCCGUCUCGUGCGCGUAGGUGUCUUGGACGAGUCUCGCAUGAAGCUCGAUUACGUGUUGGCCUUGAAGAUUGAAGAUUUCUUGGAGCGCCGUCUGCAAACCUGUGUCUACAAGCUUGGUCUCGCCAAAUCUAUCCACCACGCCCGUGUCCUUAUCCGUCAGAGACAUAUUCGUGUUGGCAAGCAGAUUGUCAAUGUUCCCUCCUUCGUCGUUCGUCUCGAUUCACAAAAGCAUAUCGACUUUGCGCUUAGCUCGCCAUUUGGUGGUGGACGUCCGGGUCGUGUCCGAAGAAAGAAGGCCAAGGCAGCCGAGAAGAAGGAUGGUGGUGAAGAUGGUGAGGAGGAUGACGAGGAAUGA